GAACAGUGCCUGUUCAGGGGCAGAACAACAGAUUUGUACCUUGUCAGCUCGGGGGUUUGAACUUGCAAACUUCCGGUUACUAGUCCAACGCUCUAACCACUAGGCUACCCUGCUGCCCACAAUAUAGCAAUCGGAUACUUGACUGCGGUUGAUGAAAUGGCACAAAAUGCGAUGUCUGCAAUGGAGUUGGCCUGGAACGUGACCAAUGCUUUGAGGGUGUGAAAACUGUAGGAGGAGAGGCAAAUUAACCUUUGCGAAUACAUCUCUAAGAGUAGGAACAACAGAACUACUCUUACCUCAGUCUGCAACGUGUCGGUAAUUAAUUGAUAAUGAGCAUUACUCCUUGAAGGCAAAGGGCCUACUGGCAAAGAGACAACCAAAUAAUGAUGAACUACACUGAGGAAGCGAGACAUGGCUUUUACACCAAAGGUUCCCACCAUGAGAACAUCCUGUUUGCUAGCUUUUACAUCUUGGUCUUUGUGGUCGCCGUGCCUGGCAACACCUUGGCAUUGUGGGUGUUCUGUCGUCAGGCUGACACCUCACCCUCCAAGCUCUUUCUAAAGCACCUGGCCAUAGCAGAUGUCUCCUACGUGCUGAUCUUGCCCAUGCGGAUGGUCUACCACUUCUCAGACAGCAGCUGGCCCUUUGGAGAGGUCCCCUGUCGCCUGGUGGGGUUUCUCUUCUACCUCAACAUGUACUGCAGUCUUUACUUCAUGACCUGCAUCAGCCUGGACCGCCUCUUGGCCCUGGUCCUACCGCUCAGGUCACGGUCAAUGAGGAAGGCUUCAUAUGCCAGAGUGGUAGUGGUAAUCCUGUGGGUCACAGUGACCGUGUCUAUGGCUCCCUUGCUAUUCUCCAAAAAACAAACGAUGAUUCAGGUUGACAACACAACCGUGGUCAUGUGUAACCAGCUGUACUUGGAAAAGACUUCUCCCAAUGCACUGGUGUCAACCAUGGUGGCGUUUAGUAUUCCUCUGGUCACUAUUGUGGUAUCCUAUAUAUUAAUCCUGUUGAAACUGAAAGGCAUCGAGCAACAGGAGGGAAGCUCGAUCAGAGACAAGGCCAUCAGGAUGAUCCUUCUCAUCAUGGUGAACUUCCUGGUUGCUUUUGUGCCCUAUCACUUGAACCGUUUCAUCUACAUUGAGAGACACACUCAUAGCGACAUGGAAACUGCGUCCAUUGAGGCUCUGGCACUAGCCAACCGAGUCACUUCCGCACUAACCUGUUUGAGUGGAGCUUUGGAUCCUAUUAUGUACUUUUUUUUGGCAAGGACUUAUCAAAAUAUACUGCUGCAGCUGUUCUGUAGAGACAGGAGAGUGGACCAGCCAACCACAACCUGAUCUGGGAUCAGGUCUCGCCUAGUACAUAAUAUUUUUUUUUAAAGGAUAAACUGAUCCUAGAUCAGCACUCCUCUUGCUCUGAGACCAGUACAAGAGUAUGCUUGCAGUGAUUCAAUGACUAUUUAAUAUUACAAUGGCAAUGUACAGUAUUGAAUCCUACAGUAUGAUCCCAUUGUGGAGUUGUGCAAUAAAGGCUACAUAAUAAAUAAUGGUUGGUAGGCCUAUAUGUAUGAAAAUUAAUCUUAUUUCUAAGUUGUUUUACCAUUGCUGUUAUUGUAUUGUAGUGUAGGCAUAUUGUAUGCCUAUUAGUAAUAUAUAUUAAUAUAUAUAUUAAUAUAUAUAUUGUAUGCCUAUUAUUUUUGGCUAAAUUAAUAAAUGUGUUAUAAUAUGUUAUGUUAUUUUUCACAUACACGUGUUUAGCAGAUGUUAUUGCAGGUGUAGUGAAAUGCAUGUUUCUAGAUCCAACAGUGCAGUAAUAUCUAACAAUUUAACAAAAAUACAAACAGAUAUAAAGUAAAGGAAUUAAGAAUAUAUAAAUAUUUGGACGAGCAAUGUCAGUGGCAUAGACUAAGAUACAGUAGAAUAGGAUAGA